AAGGAGCUGUGCGGAGGUUUCUUCAUGAUAAUAUCACAAACAUGGGUGACGUGCGAGCGUGUGUAUAUUUUUCAGUGAUUCUCUUGUGCUUCCAAUUUGGUAUAGCAACGCCAUUGUUCGGUGCUCGAUUUUGGUGCGACUUGCUAUGUGACGAUGAUGAUGUUUCGACUACUACAACGGUAUCAAGUGAAGAGGAUUACUACGACUGGUGUACAGAUUGUCCUGUAAGACGAAGAACAACUACUAGAGCUCCUCCAACUUUCGGUCCCAUGCAGCCGCCUGUCAAUUUCAUGAUUCCUCCAGGUGGUAACGGCAUGAAUCUAAGUUGGAAUCCAAAUCCGAACCCGAGUCAAGGAGGUUGGUGGGGAUUCUACUUCAGCCCCAACACCGCGACACCAACUCCCGGUGGCAUGCCUCCAGGACCACCACCAAUGCCUCUUGCUAAUCCCACAACGCCAGCUGGAGGAGCCACUCCGGCACCAGCAGCUGCUACCACGCCAGCUGCAACAACAGCAGCACCUACAACGGCAGCUGCUGGCAAAUAGUCUAUAACUACAAACCUGAGAUGUUGUACUAAAAUAACACACAAUAAUCUGAUUAUACUCAAGUGCUGCUCAAGAAAUUUUUGAGUUUCAACGAAAACAAUUCGAUUCACCUAAGGAAAGAAAGUCUUGAAACCCAGUCAUUGCCCGUUCAUGUUGUUCCAAUGAACAACUUAUAUUUGCAAAAGCGAUAGUCGCAUCCCCAGAUUUGUGAGCGGCAAGGCGCGGAAAAGCGAAACAGAGGAAACGUCGUUGAUUGUCUUGCUCUCGACUUGCCUCAGGAGGUACAAAAAUCAUAUUCGAAAUUUCCUUCUUAGUACAACAUCUUGUUUUCUUUUCGAUUCUUUGUUGUAUAGAUUUACUUUAGUCAUUAAUUAUGAUUAAAAAGUAAGUUUAAUUGUCAUCAAUCAUUAUGAGUCUACCGUUUAUAUUGGAGUUAUUGGGACUAGUCAUACGAAAGUGUUUUGUUUUCACUUUUAGUUGGUGGCGUGUUAUUUAUGGUGCAUUUUAAACUGUUAGCAUUUCAUUACAAUUUAAUAAGGCAUGUGCUCUAAAAGCAUUCAUUUUUAAACUCGAUGUAAAUUUAUCAUUCAGAACGAGAAAUGAACAAAGAUAGGACUCAAGUAUGCUUUUUAAAUCAGCAUGACUUAAACGAAAGUCUCUUAUUGAUUUUGAUAUACAAUUGUGAUGUUGUCAUAUUAUUUUUGGUUUAAAUAACAAUAUUAGUUUAGUUCUUCUGUAGAAUAGGUCUUUUAAGUACAUACAUGUAUGUACAAUUGUACAACGUGAAAUAUAUGAUGCAGAAUGCAUUUUAAAA